CAGAGAGGGAGGGGGGUGAUGACGUCAGCAGGGGGAGGAGAUGGAGGAGGAGGAGGAGGAGAGCAGCAUCCUUCAUCAGACAGAGAGGAGAGAGGAGAGAGAGAGGAGGGACGAAGGAGAGGAGAGAGGAGAGGAGACGCUGGGACGGACGGCAGACAAAGAAGAAGAAGAAGAAGAAGACUGAUGGUUUCGUCUGAGACAGAGACCAGAGACACUGAGACAGACAGACAGACGGACAGAGAGACGGACGGCAGGAGGCUUUAACUGUCUGUCAUCUGGGCCUGUGUGUGCGUGUACGUGUGUGUGUGUGUGUGUGUGUGUGUGCGUGUGCGUGUGUGUGUGUGUGUGUGUGUGUGUGUGUUGGAGGGCGAUCAGCUGAUUGGACCACACAUGUUGGAGGGCGGAGCCAUGAUGGGGAAAGAUUACAUGUUGGCCAUCCUCAUAGUCAACUAUGACGACAACAUCUGGACGGACCAGAACCUGCUGCUGGACCCAGACCUCCCCUCCGGCUGGAGAACCAUCAAAGACUCGACAGGAACUUAUUACUGGCACGUUCCCACCGGCGCCACCCAGUGGCAACACCCUCGCCUCAGUGGGACACCACAGCUGCUCGAAACACAGGAGGAGGCUGAACAGCAGAGCUCCACCACAGAGACCAGCAAACCACCUGAGCCCAGGUCUUCAUGGCAUGAAGAUUAUCUCACUAACCACGACCCCAACACCAAGUGUUUUGCAGUGCGCUCUCUGGGCUGGCUGGAGGUGGAGGAGGAGGACCUGUCUCCCGGUCGCAGCAGUCUGGCUGUCAGUAAUGUCAUCCAGCAGCUGUCUCACUGCAGCAGCCCCGAGCAGAGGGACAGACAGGGAGCCUGGGGGGAGGGUCGGGAGAUGAUGCUGGUUCUGAAAAAAGACACUCUGACCUUGUUGGACCCUUUAGACCACACCCCUCUGCACUGUCAGCCAAUCAUCAACAUCCGUGUGUGGGGGGUGGGCUGCAACAACGGCAGGGACUUUGCGUUUGUGGCGGGCGACAAGGACAGCUGUGUGCUGAAGUGUCACGUUUUUCGCUGCAACGCUCCGGCCAAAGCCAUCGCCACAGCGCUGCAUGAGAUGUGCUCCAAGAUGAUGUCAGAAAAGACGCUGAUGCGGCCGUCCCGCUCCCUGACCAUGGAGAGCAUCUCACCUGAAGACCUGCCCAGACAAGUGGAGUUUCUGGAGGCCGUGCGACAGCAGGUCCAAAAGUUUGAGGUCCAGUACAUCGGUAACCUGCCAGUGUCCAGAGCGAUGGGUAUGGAGGUGUUGAACAGAGCGAUAGAGAGCAUCAUGAACUGCACAGACAGAGACGAGUGGGAGCCAGCGGUGAUCCACGUCACUGACAACAUCCUGUCUCUGUGGAGGGGAGAGGAAGGGGAGGAGCCUCUCUGGGAGUGUCAGGUACGUUUCCUCACCUUUCUGGGCGUCGGCCAUGACAGCCACACCUUCGCUGUGAUUGUUGAUGGCGGCACACAACAAUUUGAAUGUCACGUCUUCUGGUGUGAACCGGACGCAGGGAUCCUGUCUGAGGCUGUUCAGGCCGCAUGUAUGGUUCAGUAUCAGAAGUGUCUGGUGGCUCAGACUCCUCCCCCAAGGUCCAAGUCAUGGCGUGCAGCCCCGUCAAAAGUCAAACGGGCCAACUCCAUGGAUGCCUUCCCUCCUCUCGCCUCCCGUCUCCAUGGCAGCAGCAGCAGCAACAUGAUGAUGCCGCGGAUAACCAAGGGCAACGGCAACAGCAGCGUGAGGAAGGGGAUGCUAGCGUUCUUCGAAACUUUUCGUAAACAGGCCGCUACCUCCUAAUGAAGGGGGCGGGGCCACCAGAGACACAUGUCAGCAGAGGUUGCUGAUUCUCCAGGACUAAAAAUGAGUUUGCCAAGACCUCGGAGGUGUCUCCACACCAACACAUGUACGCGUGUCUCUGGUGGUCCGACCGGCCGAUUGUGCCGCCUUCACCAUCACCAGCGACGUCCCGGAGACCACCGUCGCCUUCUGUUAAUCGGACCAGAAAUACACCUGUUUGAACUCUCACCAGUCGUUGGCUAGCUUAGCGUAGCGACCGUGUUGCUAGGUAUUUGACUGCAGAUUGAAUGAAUGGAUUGAAGGUUUUAGGAUGCUAACAUAAUGCUAACAUGAUGCUAACGUGAUGCUUACAUGGGUUUUCUGUGUUAGUGGACCUGACAGGACCGGAAAUGACCAACACGGACCUACAAACACGAGCAGAUCCAGAUUAGAGACGACGUCCACCAACGUCUCAUCACUUUCUGUGUUUCCUGUCCGUAGAAUCAUGAUACAAUAAAACUCAGGACGAUUGGGUCGUAAAUAAAGACAAACACCGGGAAUUCUGGGAAACGGUGAUCUGAAUCAGCUGAAUGAAACCACACCGUCAUACUUUACCAAUGUUUCACCAUCAUGUGACGAAAAUUUCGGGAGGAUUCAUGUCUGAAACUCUGAGCCCUGAUUUACCCUUAAACUUCCCCUCAAACUCUGAGCCCUGGUUUACUCUUAAACUCCCCCUUAAACUCUGAGCCCUGAUUUACCCUCAAACUUCCCCUUAAACUCUGAGCCCUGGUUUACUCUUAAACUCCCCCUUAAACUCUGAGCUCUGAUUUACCCUUAAACUUCCCCUUAAUCAGACUGACACUGAGAUAAGGAGAAAAGCCUCCUGUGUGUACUUGCUUCAAGCUUUAGUGAAAUAUUCCAGAGUCGGUUUCAAGAGCCGCAGUAAGUGUUUCUGAAAUGCUGACGUCAUGUUGAUCCACUUACCUGUUGUUUCUUUUAUCUUCAUGUCACAUGGGAUGGCAGGUAAGAGGUUACCAUGGUUACAGUCGUUCACAAGUUUCUAUGGAGGAGAGAAAUCAACAAGUUUAUUUCUACAGAACGUUUCAGUACAAACAGAGUGUCGGCGUCACUGUCGAGAAAACACAUCGCAGAAAACCUCGAAAGAAGCUCAGACACAAACAAUUGUGAUAAUUUCAGUUAAAGUUGAAAUAACUUAAGAAAAAGCAAUAAUUAAAGACAAAGUCAUAAUAAUUUGAGGAAAAAAUAUGUUGGCAAUGAAGUAAAAUUGGGGGCAGAAAUCAUAAUGUUUUGAGAUUAAAAUAAUAAUGUCAGGAGGAAAAAGUUGUAAUAAAAAUAAAUAAAAAAUGUAAUGUUACUCAAAGUCGAAAUAUUUCAAUAAAGUCAUAAUUGGAGGAAAAAAUUAUAGAUGUAUUUUUUAAUAAAAUCAUGACUUUUUCUUGAGCGGCCUUAUAGCUUGUUGAUUACAAUAAUUUGACUCCUUGCUUGUAAAGUUGAAUUUUUCCCUCGAGAUGUUUUUCCUGACGUGUCCUGACACUCUGUUACACUACAGUACUUUAGAUACCUCAUAAAUAUAUGAACUAUGAUGCAGAAGAAAAAAACAUAUUAAAAAGAUUAAUAAACUGAUGACGGAGCAUGUGUUUGACUGGUGCAUACAAAGUUCUGUUUUUCUGAGCCGCUCUUGAAAGCCUCCUGAGCCUCUCAGUGAACUCACCACAGACAAAGCUUUGACCUGCAGUUUGCAUGUCAGGCACAAUGACAGCAUGGAGGGUCAUUAAACAUAUCCGGAAUGAUUUGCUGACGUCACCAGAUGUGUCAGCACGUUGCUGAAUGUACAGACGGACAUGUUGAGGAAUAUAUAACAGUACAUAUAUAACGGCUGCCUCCUGAUUGGCUGAAGCACCUGUAGAUAGAAGCUGUAGUAUGUUCAAUGUCAGUAGGAAAUUUCAGCGAGAGGUUUGUCCAACUGUCCCUGAAGUCUCAGAGAAACAGCUGUUUUCUGUCUUCAUGUCUGUUGAUCUGAAAUUCUUUGGCACAAAUAAAUUAAUGAUGUCAUGUAAAAAUGAAACAGAAAUAAACUGAUGA